GUGCCGGCUGAUAGAGAACCGUACGCUCCGGAACGACACUGAUUCCAGACAUGGAGACCUUCGGCACUAUUUUGGCUUUGCUGAUGAUCUUCAGCGCUGCUGCAGCUUCAGAUUCCACGUUCUGCGAACUGAAGGGGAUUUACGGAACCGGAAAUGAAGUCAUCAACGUGGUGGAGAAAACAGAAGGGUGCUGGACGAACUUCGUGAUGGAGAACGGGACAGAAGUGCACAUCCUCAAUCUGCGCUUUUCUAAAAGGAAUACCUCCCCGAUGAUAAUGGUGGCUACAGCCGCUCCGUCCAUCCUGAUCUUCACCAGCCCAGACACUGACUACAAAACCAUCUACUGCACUCACAUCUCCAAGUCCAACGUAAAGAUCUACGUGACAGAUAAUAUUUCGUUUAAAGAAGUAAGUAACCAUGAGCUUCACAUCGCUCCAGCUGGUCAGGGCAAUGAGCUGGUGUCAUGGGCAACGCGACAGUUCGGAGGAGUUUCAUCCUUCACCACACUCCACGAUCUGAAGAACAUUAACUUCACCGAGAGUAAAGGAACUCCGCUUGCGUCCACCUGCCAGCUGAGCUGGGAAUUACCGACGAUGAAGGAGUCACUGGAGGUCGAGACUGACAUGUUUGCAGUUACAUCAUGCCUACUCGACUCCCAGGACGAGCUUCACAUCAUCAACAUCCCGGAUCACGUCGGCCCCAGGAACGUCUCGCUGGACGUGGUUCCGACUGGUGUGCAGCUGGUCCUAAGGGGUCCGGCUGGAACCUUCUGGAAGGUCAAAGCUGAAAUUGCCUCUCUCAUGUCCAACAAUGCCAUCCAAUUAAACGGUAUAACCCUGAAUGGGAGGAUGAACCUCUCUGACAGCGACACUGAGCUCCAGGAUCUGGUACUCGGUUAUUUUAAGAGCAAAUCAAUCAGCAGCUACACGAAGAUUCAUCUGAAGGGCCCAAUGAUUGAGAUCACGAUUAGAAAGAGAGAACAAACUCAAGUGACUGUGAGUGCUGAGGUGACGACGACGACGACAAAGACUCCCACAUCUUACACCUCAAUGCAUUUGUUCACGUCUCCCGAUUACAAGGUGGAACUCGAUCCCCACACUGUAGUGCAGACCAACAAGAGGAUCUACGCUCAGGUCUCGAGUUUGAUCCAUGGAGAUGGGGCCAUAUUUAUCAGAGUGAAGUCAUGUUUAGUGCGCUCCGCCGGCAUGCAGCCGGUGGAGAGGAUAAUCUCCCUUAAACAGGAGCCUUGCUCGGGAUGCCAUAAGAACACCAGGUUCAGCUUCUCCCUCGACGUGCUGCAGGAUCUGCCCUCCAACAGAUGGGAGCUUCAGUGUCACGUCAGCCACUGUUUCAUUGCACAACAGCGUGAGGGUUGCGCAGAGCCGUGGCCCGUGAAGAGGAAUGUGGAAGUCACGCCGUCGUACAUCCCACCACAGAUUUCAGACCAGUGUUUCAAGUUCAGCCUGCAGUCGGUUCUGGGCAUCGCCUUCGGAGGUUUCCUCAUCGGCAUCCUGCUCAUCGGCGCGCUCUGGUUCAUCAAAAUCCGCACAGGUUACCCCGUCGCUCUGGGUUUUGGCUCCACAGGGACCUUCUUCUCAGGAUGUCCAUGCAGUCUGAUUAAGCGCCAUGCAGUGCCCACUAACCCGUCUCCCUCUGAGAACAGCAGUGCCAACGGCAGCAUGAGCAGCACCCAGAGCACACCAACCAGCAGCAUGGCAUGAGCAUGGACACACACACACACACACACACACACACACACACACAGACGAACAGGGCAGGGCUUUUUUCGUCUGAACCAGGAACUUUUGUAAACUCCGCCUCUGCAGCCACCCAGCAUCAGGAAGUCGGCCGGACAAAAACCCUGCCUCGGUCCGAGACAGGAAAAACACAGCAUAUCCCCCAAGAACUAACAGGAAAUUCACAGCAUUCCUCUCAACAGAUCGGAGGCACAAUAAGACUCGAGGAGAAAAACACAGAUCAAACCGCCGUGACCUGCAUCACCCCCUUAAUUAGUACACAAAAAAAAAGAAAGAAAAA